UUCAACAGGAAGUACACUCAGACUGCACCGGAACUGGCCUGUUAGCUGGAGCUGCUGCGGGCAGACUCCUCGCAUUUUCCCCAUCAAGCCAAAAGGCGGCUUCUUCCACUCCGUUUACAACUACUGAGUCGUUUAAUUGUUAAUUUCUACAGGGAAUGUAGAAUGGCCGUGGCGUUUGGGAAGCUUGUGGUGGGCACGUAUGUGGAAAUAAAGCGCAGUGACGGACGCAUACACGAGGCAAUGGUGACGUCUCUGAAUGAGGACAAUGAGAGCGUCACAGUGGAGUGGAUAGAGAAUGGAGACACAAAAGGGAAAGAGAUUGAUUUGGAAAGUAUAUUUGCACUUAACCCAGAUGUGGGUCCAGAUGAAGAGAUUGUCCGGAGUCCAGAGACUCCUCCUCCAAUUACAGGUGUAAAGGUCAAUAAAAUAGCAAAGAAUCGUGGGACGAUAGCUCCUUCAAAGAUCGACACUCCGUCCAGGGACAGUAGAGUAAUUCCGACGCAGGCACGACCCCAUCAAUCUCAACAUGCUGAGUCAGCAAUACCCCCUCCAUCCCAACAGGCUCAGCCCCCGCAAGCUCCGACACAGCAGCAGCUGCAGAAUGAGUCUUUUCAUCAGCCUCUAUCCAGAAAGGAGAUUGGACAGCUUUCCAGGAGGAAGUCAAACUGUGUGAAAGAGGUGGAGAAGCUGCAGGAGAAAAGGGAAAAGCGACGGCUGCAGCAACAAGAGCUCAGGGAAAAGAGGGCUCAAGAGGUGGACACAACCAUUCCUAACUAUGAGAUCAUGUGCAUGAUUAGAGAUUUCCGUGCCAGCCUAGACUACCGACCUCUGACCACAGCCGAUCUGAUUGAAGAACACAGAAUAUGUGUAUGUGUGAGGAAGCGUCCUCUUAACAAAAAAGAACUCACCAUGAAGGAUUUAGAUGUGAUCACCAUUCCUAGUAAGGAUGUGGUGAUGGUACAUGAACCUAAACAGAAGGUGGACCUGACCCGCUUCUUAGAGAAUCAGACCUUCCGCUUCGACUAUGCCUUUGAUGACGCCACCACCAACGAGAUGGUUUACAGGUUCACAGCCAGACCUUUAGUGGAGACCAUAUUUGAAAGGGGCAUGGCCACUUGCUUUGCCUAUGGGCAAACAGGAAGUGGUAAAACUCAUACAAUGGGUGGAGAUUUUUCUGGAAAGAACCAAGAUUGUUCUAAAGGAAUUUAUGCAUUGGCUGCUCGGGAUGUAUUUCUCAUGUUGAAGAAACCCAAUUACAAGAAAUUAGAACUACAAGUGUACGCAACCUUUUUUGAAAUCUACAGUGGAAAGGUGUUUGACCUGCUCAAUCGCAAAGCCAAACUGAGGGUGCUGGAGGACAGGAAACAACAAGUGCAGGUUGUGGGGCUUCAGGAGAAGGAAGUCAAGUGCACAGAGGAUGUCCUAAAGCUCAUAGAAGUGGGCAACAGUUGCAGGACAUCAGGGCAGACCUCAGCCAAUGCCCACUCGUCUCGCAGCCACGCCGUCUUCCAGAUUAUUCUUCGAAGGAAGGGCAAGAUGCACGGCAAGUUCUCCCUUAUCGACUUGGCCGGGAACGAGAGGGGCGCUGAUACUUCAAGCGCGGACCGCCAAACACGAUUAGAGGGAGCGGAGAUCAACAAAAGCCUGCUAGCCCUCAAGGAGUGCAUCAGAGCUCUGGGACGUAACAAACCACAUACUCCAUUCCGAGCUAGUAAGCUCACCCAGGUCCUACGAGACUCCUUCAUUGGUGAAAAUUCCCGUACUUGCAUGAUUGCAACAAUAUCUCCUGGUAUGACAUCCUGCGAGAAUACCCUCAACACGCUCCGCUACGCCAACAGAGUGAAGGAGUUUGGGAUUAGUCCGUCUGACAUCCCCUUCUCUCAAGGUGGUCAGGGGAGUCGCCCUGAGCACUCCCCGACCAAUACCUUUGAGUUUGAUGACUUUGCUGCUAUUCCCCCUGGCAGGGUGAAGGAGCUCACCGUGGACCCUAACCAGGUGAUGGAGGGAGGUCGAGCCAAUAUCCAUGUUAUCAACCAGCUGGACUUUUUGGAUGAGGAGUGGCAGAACAGUUCUCCACAGAGAGAUGACCUCAAACUGCUCUGUGAGCAGAACGAGGAGGAGGUGUCCCCACAACUCUUCUCCUUCCACGAGGCUGUAUCUCAAUUGGUGGAGAUGGAGGAGCAGGUCCUCGAGGACCACCGUGCUGUUUUCCAGGAGUCCAUCAGGUGGCUGGAGGAUGAGAAGGUGUUGCUUGAGAUGACAGAAGAAGUGGACUAUGAUGUGGAAUCGUACGCCACUCAGCUGGAGAGGAUCCUGGAUCAGAAGAUAGACAUCCUCACCGAACUCCGAGAUAAAGUGAAGUCUUUCCGCUGUGCUCUCCAAGAGGAAGAGAAGGCCAGCAAGCAGAUCAACCCUAAGAGGCCACGUGCUCUUUAAAGACUUGAGAAAGCUAGAGGAAAUCACUAAAUGUUUGCCCGUGAAAGCACAAAUAAAAAGGACUGACAUUGUAACUGGCUUAAACAAAGAAUUGCAACGGUUAUGGCCCUUAGAAACUGGCUGUGUCUUGUUAGGAAACUUAGGAAGCGGGAAAAUAGUUUUUUCUUUUAUUUUUUUUUUGUCAGAAUGUUUAGUACCCUAAACAUUCUUCUUAAAUUAUUUUUCUUUAAUACUUUCUGUACUUCUGAAUGAAAUAUUAUUGAUUUCAGACAUUUUACCACAAAAAAGCAUUUGGUUUCUGGCUAACACAUACAUCUGCAUGUGCACUGAUAUGGCGCUCUUUCAUACUUUUCAGCUUCUCGGUUGGCACUAUAUAGUCAUGUCUUGAUGUGAAGUCUGGCCUCCCUUCCACUUUUUACCUGUUUGAACGAAGCAGUUGAGAAAAAUAAGCCUCUGUGACCCCCCCUCCCCAAAAGUGUCGUUUGCUUCAAUUUGUGCCAUUUCAUUCUAUACAAGUCUAACUUCCAUGUCCAACAUUUUUUCCACCCGUCACACUUUGUUAUAAAAAUAAAACCGGAGAAAAACUAAAAUGUAUAGUGAUGAAUACUUAUGUUGCAGUGUUUCUAACAGGAGGUUCAUGCCUUUUAGAGAAACCAGAAGCAUAUUUGACUUGAGCAAAAUACUGAAGCUAUGCAUGAAAUACGCUGUAUUUUCCAGACUAUAAAUCACUCCAAGUCGCAUUACCCAAAAAUGCACAAUAAAAACACAUUUUGGGGGUGGAAAUAUGGCAAGGUAUGGUAAUAAAAUGGAGAACAGCUAAACAGGCGUCUGUUGCCAUAAUGUGAAGAGGUAUGUUAACAUAACAUUCAGAUAAAUCUAGCAUAAACGACUAUGAUGCAGAAUAUUUAUGCAGUUUUCUUUUUGGGGGCAUUUGUAUUCCGCCUUUAAAGUUGAUGUUUGUCAAUUUUCAGUGAUAAAGGAGUGAUAGCAGUAGCAGAUAUUGGCACACAAGCCUAGAGGGCCCUCGUGGCUGUCGGUGUGAAAAAUAAAACAUAAGUUGUAGGACCAGCCAAACCAUUGAAAUAGUGCAACUUAUAGCCCGGAAAAUAUGGUAGUAAAUAUAUCACUACCCAAAUUUCAAAAAGUCACAACAGGAGAAUACACAGAAGAGCAUAACUCUCUAAGCAACCAAUCACAUUCCACAAUAGUACUCAUGACUAGGCAGCCUUCUUGCAAGGUAUUUGUCAUCCAUAAAAAAUGUAUAAGUUCUAAGAAAGCAUCACACGUUCAAAUGACACUGAAAUGACUUACUGGUCAGGUUGACAGCAGUACUGAGCUGUAGGGAUUUUAUUUCAUUUCCUGGAAAAUUUGUGGAUUUUAAUAAUAACGUAUUAACAAACACGUUCCUCUUCCUUAUGUCCAUGCAUGCUCACUGAUAGUCUAAAUAGUACUAUUACAUGCAAGAAUCUCAAUGUGAGGUUUUUGGCAUGUCAAUCUUUGUACAAGUCUCACAACUCCAAAGGGAAGGUGAUACUGCAGUAUUUCCCCUCAAUGGUGUGCACCUCCUUGUGUCUGUAUGUCCUUAUGAAAAGUGGAUCCCAGCUGAGUUGAAAGCAUGAAGCAGUCUGUAAAUACA